AUUGAAAAUCAAAAACAUCCGGACGAUACAAUUUACAGAAAUAAGAAUAUCGUUCACAGAUUUGGUAAUUAUUAUAUCAAUAGUUGAAUCUAAUAAUCCUAACUUUAAAUUCCAACCGAAAAAAUCCAUCGCAAUAUGUAGCAGUGGCAGAGCACACUGCCAAUAACAGCACGAAAUUCAUCUACAAAUACGUUCAAAGAGUUCGUUAUGAAUGUUACAUGGUAUCGCUGUUUCAACCAUGCCUUGCCAUGUCCAUUCAAAGAUAAAAGAUAAAAUCUUGCUACUAGAAAAACAAAACAUGAAAAAAGUAUAUCAAUAGAUAUCUAAUUGUUCGACAGGUGUACAUACUACUGUGUCCAAAAAGUAAGGUGACACGGAGUAACGUGUUGGAAAAUCGUUGAUUAGCAACAAGAGACCUUGCUGAUGAUAUUAUAUCAAGAGGAUCCGUCAAUUACAUUUUGAAGAAUGUUUUGGUCCUCAAGCGCAUCAGAGCUCGAUCACUCAUACUGCGUUGGAUUUUCGCGACCAAUUCACUCGCGAUUCAGUUCACCAAAAGACUCCUUCAUAUCGUUCCACUACCACCAUAAGCGCCUGAUUGGGUUUCAUGUGGCUUAUGGCUAUUCGACAAGCCUAAAAUUUCGUUACGGGGACACUGUUUUGACACGAUAGAGCAGAUUCAAGCCGCUUCGAGAAUGUGCUGAAGGUCAUUCCUUUUCCACAUGUUUCGAAAACUAAAAAAUUCGUCGGCGUAAGUGUAUUGUGUCUGGGAGGGAAGGGAUACUUAAAGGCAAUCAAAUUGAUUUGGAAGAAACAUUAAGGAAAUUUCAAAAUAAAUUUAAUGUCACCUAAUUUUUUGGACACAGUAGUAUAGAUAUUGUAUCUGUUCGGACUAUAAAUUUCAUAUCAAUUGUAAGUUAUAAAAUGUGCGUCCUAUUACUGGUUAUAUUAGUAAAAAAAUGAAAAUAGUUCAGUAAUGGUUUAAGAUCUUAUUAAUUUAUUCUUUUCUUUUUUUUUCUUUUUUUUAUUCUACUUUUAAUUUGCAACUAACCACAGGCCGAUUUCGAUUCAAGUAAAAACCGGAUAGGCCAUUCAUUAUCAAUGAAUGUUUGAAUAACCUGUCAUUAUUCUCGAUGUUCAUAAGAAUAUAUAAAUAUUUUGAAACAUCAAAAACAGUUUGUCUUGUGGUAGUUCUACUUCGGGUAAUUAGUUUAAAAAGCGCACAGUACAUGCAUAUUUUCUUGCGAUAUUUUGGUUCGCUUACUAAGUACAGAUUUUCUCCAAAGAAAAAAUUUAAAAAAAUAUUUUCAUAUUAUACAUAUUUUGCAGAUAUUUCGGUUAACUUGUGCCUUGCGGUAUAUUUUAGUUGUCUUUGAAAUGAAUAAUUAAAUUAAAUUUAGUUUGAUUAUUAUAGUAAUGCUCUUCUAAACUGCUUCAGUCUUGUGAUUCCUUAUCUCGUGCUACGACAAUCAAAUAUGUUCAAUGUUUUAUGUUGCGCAUUAAAUUGGAAAUUAAUUUCGUAUAUGAUUUAUAAAUAUAAACAUCAUAUUCAAUAGAACACUGCCGACAUUACACAAAUGUACUCAUUUGCCCAACUUUUAUCUGUGAUGUUAUCAUAAUGAUGAAACAUAUUAAAUACAACAAAGAUCAAACUAUGAUUAAGUCUUUUCGUACCAUUCAACAAAAUAUAAAAUGGAACUUAUAGGGAGAACACAAUGACUAACUUUUAGUCAACUAGGUUCACUUUCAAGUACAACGGUACAAUGAAAUUAGUUUUCUUUAGUUUUAAAAAUCACUGCGCAUUCUGAAACCAGCGCUCCGUAGUCAACCGUUUCAAUUUCCAAAGUAGUUUGUGGCAUAUUCAAAUAUAGCAAAUGUAAUGAAUUUCAAAAUUAUCUUCCUACUACACAUAUUGGCAACAAUAAAUUAUCCCAUAAUUUGGGUUACAAAUAUCGUUGCAUUCCAUUGCAAACACUGUUGCACUUCAAUGAUAACGUUUUAGUUUUGCUGCAACUCUUGCAAUACUCAAUAUUUAAUUGCGUUAGUAUAGUGACAGUUACAACACACCUACUGCACUAGCAUCAUAUACAAAUGAUCGCAAAAGUAUUUUAAACAACUUUUCUCCACUUGUCACUGUCGAACUGCAGUCAAACUUCUACUAAGUAGUGUCAAGAGAGUCGAAAUAAUCUAACCUAUACUUACUCUGUACAUUCUCGUAUUAAACCGCCGUAUAUUUUGGUAAAAGAAAGUGGCGUUGCCGAUGCGUUGAUAGAACCACAGCGGAGAUACACCAGAAUAUUGGAACGAAAAUCUUAAUGUGAAACAAUAGAGUGUUACAUGCGUAAAUAAAAGAUCAAGCAGAGAUAAGGGCAUUUAUCGAUAAAGGCGAGUAAAUGGUACAAAAUAUUAUAUUCUCAUAAUAUAAAGCGACGAUAACCAAUCACAGAAACGCCCAUCGCUCGUAGUUAAGGUUGCAGGAAGUAAUUACAAAUUCUAGUUUCUAAAUUUAUUGCCCAAUUGUUCUUUUAAAACAUAUCGCGAACAUCAUUAAGCAAAAAUGCAAAACCAGGAAAACCAGCGAAAGGAGUUACUUAAAGAACAGUUGGAAUAAAUUGAUAUAAAUACGGUGAAAACGCAACACACGAAUGACAAAACAUGGGAUCAUAGACUAAGUGAUAAAAGUAUUGCAUUUCCCAUUAGCUAAUCUAUCUCAAAAUUAUAAAUAAAUAAAAAAUACGCGUAGUAGUAGUAUCAACCUCGAUAAAACAAAGCAGACAUAUAAGUUGUACAAAAUGUUGCAAAUGUGAAAAAUUUAGUAAGUCGGCAAUACAGCAACUAUCAUACGUUCGGAUAAUGUAUAGCUUAGUGACUGUAACAAAUUCGCAGAGAUACAUUAUGAAGUAUGUGCAGCACUGAUCGAUUGAAGACGGAUGUGUAUGACUACACAUAAACGUAAACUCAGUAGUAAUUAGAUAAAUAUCCAAUCCACACAAAAACACAUACCCA